UUUGCAGUUUAUCUUCUCAUUCAUCGUCGCUGCAACUUCGUUUGAUGUGAAUACAUUAAAUUCCUAAAUUUUAAUUGAGGAUUUAAAUUCCAAGAUGUCCAUUGAAACAUAUAACAAAGUCACACACUGCAUCUUUGACAUGGACGGUUUGUUGCUCGAUACAGAAUAUCUGUACACCAAGGCAUUCAACCGUAUCGCCAAUCGGUAUGGCAAGGAGUUCACAUGGGAGCAUAAGGCGCAAACGAUGGGUUUUAAGCCCAAGGAAUGUGCCAAAUAUGUAGUUAAAGCAUUGGAAUUGCCAUUAACAGCGAACGAAUUUCAUGAAGAAAUUAUUGAAAUUUAUAAGGAGUUGUUUCCAUGCACCAAACCCAUGCCAGGCGCCGUUCGAUUAUUGAAGCACCUAAAAGAGAACAACAUUCCGAUUGCACUAGCUACAGGCUCGGAUCGAGUGAAUUACGAGUUGAAAACUAAGCAUUGGCACGAUCUCUUCGAGCUCUUUCAUCAUAAAGUGCUCGGCGGCUCAGAUCCUGAAGUCGCGCAUGGAAAACCCGAACCCGACAUAUUUCUUAUAGCUGCCAAACGUUUUCCGGACAAUCCGGAUCCUUCGAAGUGUCUUGUCUUUGAGGAUGCACCAAAUGGCGUGAAAGCGGCACUUAACGCUGAAAUGCAGGUUGUUAUGGUGCCGGAUCCGAUGCUUCCCAAACUUUAUACGAGAGAAGCGACCUUGGUUUUGGAUAGCCUCGAAAACUUUCAGCCGGAGAAGUUCGGACUACCGCCAUACGUGUGACAUAGUAUAACUUUCUCUCAUCGUAUGUGAUACAGAUCCGUAGAGGAGGCAUUUAUAUAUGGAAACAUUUCGUAUAAAAAUAAUUUAAUUUAUAAGAUCUUAAUCGCAGUCUUUUCAAUUUUUGUAUCUUAUUCUUUAGUUACAUUUCUACUUAAAUUUCUUUAUCCGUGUCAUCGGACAGAUCCCCCAAUUCAUCAAAAUCCUCCCGCGAACCGCCACUAAUGAACAUACUUGCAGGAUUGAAAGGAUCAGUACUGCUGAAUAUUCCUGUGAUAUUUACACACGAAAAUUUGUUACGUUUUAAUUGUUUGUCAACUGCCUCUUUUAGAUUGUUAUACGCGGCUAUCAUAUCUCGUGAACAUUGAGAUAGAAGUUCUGAAAACAAAUUAAAAAGUUUAUACACAUGCCUACGUUUUUCCAGAUAUUAUAAUAUGUGGCAAAAAGGCAAUAUAUAAAGAUUAUUACGUUUGUAAGCCGGUUGAGUAAUAUCAAAUAUUUUAUAGUAAUAGUACAAUUGAUUGUACAAAUCUGUCCCAGAAUACUGAAAACGUACAAACAUGUAUAUUAAUACUUUGUAGUCUUAAAAGUAAAAAUAUAUGAGAUAUUGAUUUAA